GCUUCAAAUUGCAUCAAGAAUGAGAAUUGAUAAAAAAUAAAUAAUUUAGAAAAGGAAAAUUUAUAUUGAUAACAUACAUACCCUCUAAAAUAUAUAUAUAUUGGAUUACGCAAAUGGAAGAGUUCAACCAGCAGGCUGUUCUGAAAAUAGCAGAGACAAUUGAGCGCGCUGUAGAUGAUGAGCUUGAACGUGUUGAUCAAUUGGAUGACGAUGAAUUGCGUGCCAUUCGCCAGAAGCGACUUAAUCAAGUAAAAGAAAUUCAAAGACGAAGAGAUGAGUGGUUGAGGAAAGGCCAUGGACAAUAUCUUGAGGUAUCCGAACCUAAGGAAUUUUUUGAUUGGGUAAAGGACUCUGAGCGAGUUGUUGUUCACUUUAUGCGGCGUAGUACUCCUCGUUGUGAAAUUAUCGAACGACACAUUAAUUCUAUUGCAAAAGAACAUUUUGAGACCCGUUUCUGUUAUGUAGAUGUUGAAAGAAUACCAUCACUUGCUGAAAGGUUUAAUGUUAUGAUGCUUCCGACACUAAUGCUUGUUGAAAAACAGCACACAUUUCAUAGUAUCAUUGGAUUUGAUGAGUUUGGAGGAACGGACGAUUUUACAACUACCACAGUAAAACAAGUUUUGGGAUUUUAUGGAAUGGUCAAUGACAAGGGAAUGUUCGCUGCUGAUCAGAAUGACCACUAAAAAUUAAUGUUGCGAUGCUCAAAUUAUGUAAUAUCUCUAUUAAUUCACUAA